UCCCCUCCCAGGAAUAUGAAAGGUCUAUCAGGCGGUCGUCCCCAGCUAAAUAUCACACCUGGACACUCCUGUGGCCUGACAGACUGCGACCACUCCCUUGACCACCUGCAGCAUGGUGCUCCCGAUUCCCGCUCGACUUACCUGCUUAGCCCCACAGAGAGUUGCCCCAUGGACCACCACCGCUGCUCGCCUCGGAGCUCUAUCCAUUCGGAUUGCAUGGUGAUGCCUGUCUCCAUGGCCUCUGACCACGUUUCCAGCAGCACAUUUCCCAGGAUGCAUUACAGUUCACAUCAUGAGAGUUCACGGGAGGAUGGCACUACUGGGCAUGGCAGCAGUAGUGGUUCCGGUUCUGGGAAAAUGAACCGAAUACCUGCCAACCUCCUGGACCAAUUUGAGAAGCAGUUGCCCAUCCACCGAGACGGAUUCCACACGCUGCAAUACCAGCGUACGUCUACGGCUACCACCAGCAGUGAGCAGCGGAAUGAGAGUCCAGGUCGGAUCCGCCACCUGGUGCACUCUGUGCAGAAGCUCUUCACCAAGUCCCACUCGCUGGAAGGUUCCUCCAAGAUGAAUGGCACCAAAGGAGACUCACGCUCAGAAAGCGGCCACCACCAUCAUGGACACCACCAUGGCCACCACAAACACAGCAAGAGGAGCAAAAGCAAAGAGCGCAAAGCUGACUCCAAGCACCGCUCAGGGAUCGCCGGGUGGUGGAGCUCUGAUGAUAACCUAGACAGUGACAGCACCUACCGGACUCCCAGUGUCAUGAGUCGGCACCAUGUGGACCACAUAAGUCACUGCUACCCAGAAUCGGUCCCAGGCCAUUUUGGAGAUCUUUCACUUAAGACCUCCAAGAGCAACAAUGAUGUGAAGUGCUCAGCAUGCGAGGGCAUGGCCCUGGCUCCUGAGGGCAAGUUUAUGAAGCGGAGCUCUUGGUCCACUUUGACUGUUAGCCAGGCCAAAGAGGCCUACCGCAAGUCCUCGCUCAACCUCGAGAAACCUAUGAUGCCUCAAGACCUCAAGUCCCCCAUGAGGCCUUGUCAUUAUCUCCAGGUCCCUCAGGACGAGUGGGGCGGAUACCCCGGAGUAAAGGAUGAUGAGAUCCCGUGUCGGCGGAUGAGGAGCAGCAGCUACGUAAAGGCGAUGGGAGACGAAGAGAGCGGCGACUCGGACGGCAGCCCCAAAAACUCGCCGCAGAAGAGCUCUCGGCCCAGCGGCCUCAUCAAGAACGUGCUGCAGAGGCAGCUGUCAGACCAGAGUCAGAGCUACCAUCUGCAAGCGUCAAGGGACGUCCACCCCAGCAUCACACUGGACCCAUCGCCCAAUUACAACUCACCCAAAUUUCGCUCAAGGAACCAGAGCUACAUGAGGGCAGUUAGCACGCUGAGCCAAGCCAGCUGUGUCAGCCAGGUGAGCGAGGCUGAGAUGAACGGCCAGUUCGAGUCAGUGUGCGAGUCGGUGUUCAGCGAGGUGGAGUCGCAGGCCAUGGAGGCGCUGGAUUUGCCUGGCUGCUUCCGCACACGCAGCCACAGCUACCUGCGUGCCAUCCAGGCUGGCUACUCACAGGAUGACGAGUGUGUGCCUUCCAUGAGCACGUCCACGGUCACCUCCACCAUCAGGUCCACGGCUGCGGUCACCUACACCCCCAGUACUCCCACCUACAAGCGGACGCCCCCUCCAGUGCCCCCUCGCAGUGCCUCCAAACCCCUCAUCUCCAUCACAGCACAAAGCAGCACCGAGUCCACGCAGGACGCCUACCACGAGGGACGCCUAGCCAGGGGAGGUCUGUGGGGUUCAGAGGGACUCGGGCUCGGUUUGGGUCGCACCAUCUACAACUCCACGGACAGCCUGGACAGCGCCAAGGCCGUCACUAUCGCCAUGGAAGCGGCAGCCAUGGCCAUGUCAGGAAAAAGACACCCGUCCACGGACUCGCACAGCUCGGUGUUGACCUGCGAUAAAGCCAUACUCGUGUCCAAAGCCGAGGAGUAUCUAAAGACGCCCCGGUCAUCUAUAGGCAUACAGGUGGAGGCGGCUACGGAUUCCGAGUCAGAGAGCAGAGGAUUACGGGAAUAUCAUUCUGUAGGGAUCCAGGUGGAAGAUGACAAACGCGUGGGCCGGUUUAAGCGCUCUAACAGCGUGACGGCGGCAGUGCAGGCUGACUUGGAGCUGGAGGGUUUCCCUGCAAUGGAGGAUAAGAGUCUGCAGUUUGGGGGCGGUGGUCUGCAGAGGCACAGUGAGCCAAGCACGCCCACGCAGUACGGCGCCGUCAGAACCGUGCGCACGCAGGGCCUGUUCAGUUACCGUGACGACUACCGCUCAGCCAAUGAGCCGUCCAGCCCGCAGCGCAGCGCCGAGCCCUGGCGCGAGACCUCCGUGCCCACCGUGGCUGUCACGGUGACCCCGCCCCAGGCCUCCGACUCGGGCCGGGCGUCGCCCUCAGCCAGGAGGGACGGCACCUGGUUCAUGCAGCUGCUGCACGCUGAGACCAAGAGGAUGGAGGGAUGGUGUAAAGAGAUGGAGGGAGAGGCAGAGGAGAACGACCUGUCUGAGGAGAUUCUAGGCAAGAUCCGGAGUGCAGUGGGCAGCGCUCAGCUCCUCAUGUCCCAGAAAUUCCAGCAGUUUUAUUGGCUGUGUCAGCAAAAUCUGGACCCAAGUGCCAUGCCGCGGCCCACCUCUCAGGACCUGGCUGGAUUCUGGGACCUGCUGCAGCUCUCCAUCGACGACGUCACCUCCAAGUUCGACGAGCUGCAGAAGAUCAAGAGCAACGACUGGAGGAUUAUAGAAAGUCCUGUUAAGAAGCUCCCGCCCCCUGUACCAAAGAAGAUGCUGAAGAAGAGCGUGACCCGGGAGAAGUCUCUGGAUCUUCCCGACCGUCAGAGACAGGAAGCGCGAAGGCGCCUCAUGGCCGCCAAAAGAGCGGCGUCAUUCCGGCAGAACUCAGCGACUGAGCGAGCCGACAGCAUCGAGAUUUACAUCCCCGAGGCCCAGACGAGACUCUGA